UCUCGUAUCAUGUAAUGUCGUAACUGGUUAAAUUGUGACCAUGGCUCUCAGCCUUCUUUGUGAAUAUAAUAGCAGUGACGAAGGUAGUGAAAACGAAAAUGAGUCGCUCGCUUUUGAUAAAUUAACAACGCCUAUUAAUUUAAAUAUUUGUUCCGCUCCAGACGUUAUACCCACGGGAACGGAACUGUGUAUAAAACAUGUAGAUCCCACUGCUACAGAGAUAUCAUCUAAUUUAAAGUACGAAGAACUUUUUGGACCAGAGGUUGGACCAGAAAAUCCAUUUAAAACUCAACAGCAGCGCGCUGUGAAAAAUAUGCUUUCUGGAUAUGUAGAACAUGCACACAUUAGCCCCUUUCAAUUUGAAAAUCAAAGAAGAACAUUUGCUAGUUAUGGAUACGCAUUAGAUCCAACUAUAGAUGGUAGUGCAGAUGAAGGCAGAGUAAUAAUUGGUUCAAAAGAAACUGCCGAAGAAUCAGGUGGUAAAACUGUUUUUGAAAACACUGCACUAAGACCAUCGGAUAAGCGAAAGAGGCAUAGAAAUGGCGAUCCAUCUGAUAUAGAAGGUUUUCUUGGACCAUGGGGUGGAUAUGUGGAUGAAAAACGAGUCAUAAAGCCGACCGAAGAAGAAGCUGCUGAAUUGGAAGAAAUACUAGCUAAACGAAAUAAACGAGGAAAACAGACAGAGGAGAAACCACUGGAAGAGAAGACAGUAUUACACAUCAAAGACAGUGUGGAUUAUCAAGGACGCUCGUUCUUACACGCACCUCAGGAUGUAGGCGUAAAUUUGAGAUCGGAAUCGCCACCCGAUCGUUGUUUCCUACCGAAAGCACAAAUUCACACAUGGGAAGGCCAUACAAAAGGCAUCUCACAAAUUCGAUGGUUCCCUCGUACAGCACAUUUGUUACUAUCUUGUAGCAUGGAUUGUCGAGUAAAGUUGUGGGAAGUGUAUAAAGAUAGAAGAUGCGUUCGUACAUAUUACGGACAUCGUCAAGCGGUGCGAGACAUAAGUUUCGACAAUGAUGGUAAGCGAUUCUUAUCAGCGGCUUACGAUCGGUAUGUGAAACUAUGGGACACGGAAACGGGAGCUUGUAUCAGUCGUUUUACAAGUAGAAAAAUUCCAUACUGUGCCAAGUUCAAUCCCGAUCCAGAUAAACAGCAUCUUUUCGUAGCUGGUACCAGCGAUAAGAAAAUUAUUUGUUGGGAUAUACGUUCCGGUGAAAUAACUCAGGAAUAUGACCGACAUUUAGGUGCAGUGAAUACUAUUACGUUUGUCGAUGAAAACAGAAGAUUUGUUACAACAAGUGACGAUAAAAGUCUGCGAGUUUGGGAAUGGGAUAUUCCAGUGGACAUGAAAUAUAUAGCCGAUCCGUCGAUGCAUUCCAUGCCAGCCGUAACGCCAUCGCGAAAUCAAAAAUGGCUCGCUUGCCAAAGUAUGGACAACAAAAUUGUCAUAUUCUCGGCGCUGAAUAGAUUCAAAAUGAAUCGAAAGAAGACCUUCACGGGACACAUGGUUGCUGGAUACGCGUGCGGUUUAGAUUUCUCUCCAGAUAUGAGCUAUUUAGUAUCGGGUGAUGCAGACGGAAGAUGUUAUAUAUGGGACUGGAAAACAACGAAAUUGUACAAAAAGUGGAAAGCACAUGACGGAGUAUGCAUUGACGUACUAUGGCAUCCGCACGAGCCUUCUAAGCUCGUUACAGCUGGUUGGGACGGAAAGAUCAAAUAUUGGGAUUAACGGAUCAAUACCUGGUUUUUCAAUUUUAAAGUCGUAUUUUGUACGAAUGAAAUUUUUUUUUAUUUUUUAGAAUAAAAUAUGUAAAUAUAUGUAAUAAGUAAUUUAUUUUAAU